AUGCAGCGACUGCCUGCUGCAUUUGGCACCUGCACGUUGACCAUGCGCGCCGCGGCCCCGCCAACAGCGAUGGCACACCGCCUCCGCGCCGUCGUCCCGGCGUGCCGCCCCAGGCGCGCGCGCGUCGCCAUCGUGACCACGUCGCCGCCCAAGGCCCGUGAGGCCGACCCCGUGACGACUGCCACCGACGUCUCCUCGGCCGGCAACACCACCAACCCCAGCAACAUCAAAAUACUCACCAGCUUCAGCAGCAUCAGCAACAGCACCUCCGCCGACGCCCCCACGCCGCCCUCGUGGGCGCGCUACGGCCCCCUGCGCAAGGCCGACCUCGUCCCCGCCGCGGCCCUCCGUGACGGCAAGACCUGGGCGGCGAAUAUCAACUAUCUGGCGUGUGAUGCCAACAGCCUGUCCGCCCGCAGCCUGAGGAUCAAGGCUGACGCCCAGCGCAAGUGGGCCAACCACACCAACGGCCUGCUGCCGGGCGCCGAGCGGGCCUCGCUGGCGCGCCUCAGUGCCGCCACCGCCAUGCUUGGCGAUGCCAUGGCCGCCGGCGCCGGCUGCGACGAGGCGCAGCUGGCCGCGGUGCUGGCGGUGCGCAAGGCGCUGCCCGCCGCUGAGCCUGCCUGGCUGCCGCCGCGCCCGCGGCACCCGCGCGAGGCCCCGACGCUGCGCACACAGUGCGCCUCCGACGCGCAGGCCCUGGGCCUGCUCGCCACUGUGGUCGCGACGCUCCACGCCGACGGGCUGGAGGGGCACCUGGCGGAUCUGAACAACGCAGACCCCAAGUGCAUGGGGUUUGUUAGCGGCAGCGUGUACAACGCCGUCCAACAGUUUGUGGCCAUGAGCCGCCACACCGCCAACCUCUGCGCCGCCAGCCGCGACGCGCUCGCCUCUGGGGUGGUGCGGCGCGCCGAGGCCGUGCAGCGCGCGUGCGCCGCCGCCGACGAGGCGCUGCGCCAGGCCGACGCCAUCGCGGCGGGGGCGGCGGCGCGCCUGGCCUUCCCGCUCGAGGAGCACCUCAGCGCCGCCUGCGGCGAUGACGAUGACGAGUACGCAGCGCAGGGCCCCAGCGGUGGCAAGGGCGGGGACCAGCAGCAGGGCGGCGACGGCCCGGACGCGGGGACGCCGGCGAUCAUCGUGCGCCGCGGGCCCAAGCCCGACGGCAACCUGGAUGGAGGUGAGGGGGCGCAGGCCCAGCCCGAGCCUGCGCGCACGGCCAGCAGCGGCCGCCGCGCCGCCGCGCCCGGCGGCCCCUGCUCGCGCCCGCAGCGCGCACUCGGGUGGGCCAAGGCGGCCCUGGCGCGCGGCUUUGGCCUCUGCGGGCGCGCGUGA